AUGGGCGUCGCCGAGACCCUACAGAUGCCCAGCUUCAAGCUGCAGCGGGUGCCGCCGUGGCAGCCAGCGUCGCCGCCGCCGCCAGUACCCUGGGUGGGCUGCAGUCUGGUGCGCCCGCCGCCUUCACCACUGCCCUCCGGUCGGCUGGCGCGCUGGGGCCGCGGCGCGCGCGAAUACUGCCAGGCCAGCACCCUGCACGGCCUCAAGUACGUCGGCGACAACCACUUGCACCUGGCCGAGAGGUUCUUCUGGCUGCUGUCGUUUCUGCUGGCGGUGGCGGCCGCCACGUACUACAUCACCAUCCUGUACCAGAAGUGGGACGACCCCGUGAUCGUGACGCUGUCCCCUACGGCCACGCCCCUCAACGUGCUGCCGUUUCCAGCCGUGACGGUGUGCAACAUGAACAGGGCCAAGCACUCCAUAGCCACGAGGAUCAUGGAGUCCCAAGAUCGUGAUGACCAGAGCAAAUUAGAGAAGCGUUUACUAAGCACGUUCUGCGACCUUUCAGAAACUGAAACUGACGUAACACCUAAUAUCACGAGCUCGUGGGACGCCGUAGAAAAAUUCCUGGUGAAGGUGGGACAACCGUGCCACGAGAUGCUGGUGGUCUGUCGAUAUGGCGGAGAAACCAGAGAUUGUAACGAUCUCUUCAAUCCAGCAAUAACGGACGAAGGAAUCUGUUGUUCAUUCAACAAAGUACAUCGCAAUUUGUUGUUCAGGAAUCCGCGCGACCUGUCGGACCUGAACGUGACGUUCCCGGGCACGCCGGUGGACUGGACCCCCGAGGGCGGCUACCCGCCCGGCACGGACGAGGGCGCCUUCCCGCUGCGGCCGCGCGGCCGCGGCACACAGCUGGGCCUCACGCUGCUGCUCGACUCGCAGGCCGACGAGUACUUCUGCUCCACCACCGCCAGCGUCGGCUUCAAGAUGAUGCUGCAGAAUCCUGUGGAGACGCCCAAGAUCGCGCACAUGGGCUUCGUGUUCUCUCCGGGGGAGGAGCUGCGAGUGGUGGUGUCGCCGCAGAUCCUCCACGCCAGCCAACUCCUGCGCAAGGUGGCCCCCGCCAAGCGGCGCUGCGUCUUCUCCGGAGAGGCCAAGCUGCACUUCUACCGCACCUACACGCAGCGCAACUGCAAGCUCGAGUGCGAGGCCAACUACACGCUGGCUCAGUGCGGCUGCGUGCUCUCCUACAUGCCCAAAGACUCCAAGACGCCGAUAUGCAGCAGCAUCAAGAGCGAGGCGUGUGCUAAUAAGGCUCUAGAUAAGAUGGAGAUCAGCCUGACGCAGACGAAUGAUGGGCCAGAGGCCGGUCCCAGCUCAGAGCGCACCAACUGCAGCUGCCUGCCCGGCUGCUCCGAGAUCAGCUACAGCAGCAGCACAUUCUCUAGCAGACUCUGGGUCCACCACCUGCGAUCCGAGUACACCGCGAACGUCAGCAACGUCUCCCAUGUCAUAGAGAACUUGGCACUGGUACAUAUCUUCUUCACCGAGUCUCAGUUCACAUCCAUGCUGAAAGCAGAACUGUUUGGAUUCACAGAGUUCCUUUCGAACACGGGAGGCCUCCUGGGGCUGUUCAUGGGCUUCAGCUUCAUGAGCGUCGCAGAGGCGGUGUACUUCCUGACGCUGCGGCUCUGGUGCGUCGCCUUUCGUGCGAGCCACGGCGGCCAUGGCGACGCCGGUGCCGACGGCAGACACUUCGAAGUGCGGCCAUACAAAAAGACAGUAGCGCCGUAUCCCUUCAUGAAAUAGACCACUGAA